AAGCGGGACGUUUGGCUUGCCAGCGGCCCCCACUUAGGCGUGCACCGGGAAAGAACGAUUUGAAAAUGGGUGGUGUUGAGAAGGGCAAGAAGAUUUUUGUUCAGAAGUGUGCCCAGUGCCAUAUUGUGGAAAAGGGAGGCAAGCACAAGACUGGGCCAAAUCUCCAUGGUCUUUUUGGGCGAAAGACGGGUCAGUCUCCUGGAUUCUCUUACACAGAUGACAGCAAGAACAAAGGCAUCACCUGGGGAGAGGAAACGCUGAUGGAGUAUUUGGAGAAUCCCAAGAAGUACAUCCCUGGAACAAAAAUGAUCUUCGCUGGCAUUAAGAAGAAGGGAGAGAGGGCAGACUUGAUAGCCUAUCUCAAACAAGCUACUAAUGAGUAAUAGUUGGCCACUGCCUUAUUUAUUAUGAAACAGAUGUCUCAUGACUUUUUAUGUGUACCAUAUUUAAAUUGAUCUCAUACAUUAGACUUCAGAUCAUGAACGGCUGAUGUAAUAUUUCUGUCCUGAUUUAAAUAAGAUUGGCUUGUGGCUAAAUGAAUAUGGUCAGCUUUUUGAAUUUUGGUAGCAAUUCCAAUUCAAUAAGUGCUAUCACUGUUUUCCCCUUCUAAAGAGAUGAUUAAACUUGAAUAAGAAAUGUUAAACUUUUCAGGGAGAUGGUGAAUGCCUUCUCAAACCCUAUAGGAGAUUGGUUUUAUAU